AUGUUGCGUGCUAACAAUCCUGAGAUGUCCGCUGUACCAGCUAACUUCGCUGGAGCUACCAGUCUCACUGCUUCUACAAGCUUCCCAAUGGUGAGUAAUUUGGAAGAAAGCAGUUCUACUGAAAGGCCUGCCGAACAAGGAAUCUCUGUGAUGCACGCUGAGAAUUUGAACGUGGGCACCUCGUAUGGAGCUCCACCACGUGUCGAUGGGGUGCAUACGGUAUCACGCCCACAAAUGCAUUUUCAUGGAAGCCAACCCGCAACUCCUGUUCACUCCGCAAAUUCUAUUGGUCCUCAAGGGCUACGUCGCCGGGCUGAGUUGCUACGUGAGCAGAGUGAAAUUCUACGUCAGCGGGAAGCUUUACCGAGGGAACAGCACAGCUUCCUAGAUCGCAUAGACGCAAUGGGUUUCGAAGAUGACAUAGAUGAAUACUCAAUGCCUAGAGUCUCAACCGGGAUGAGGGAUCAGGCGCCUCUCCCAUCACAAAUAUUGCAGUUACCUCCAGAAUUUGUAGCGCCCUUUAAUAGAGCCGUUUCAAUCGCAAACUCUGUAAGUAAUAGUGGACCUACGCAGCACAACAAUAUCCCAAAUAGAACAUCAUCUGAUCAACGAGGUGAAAGUAACCUACAAGCACCUAUCCUUCAAUCGUUAUUGGACAGGAUACAGUCGUUAGAGCAACAGUUGCGACAGAACUCGACAUUAUUUCCGGAAUGUCCUCCGCCGCAACCAACGCAUACAACUUUGCCUACAGCUGGACACGCUAACAGCCUGUCUUUUGGAGCCUCAGCUUAUCGCCGGCUAACCAGGGAUCAGGUGGCGUCUCGUAACAGCCUUGCUAAAGAGUUGCCCAAAUAUGAUGGCAAACCCAGCGAGUGGCCGUUGUUUUAUGCUGCUUAUAAUCAAUCGACAGAUGUUUGUGGAUUCUCUGACGAAGAGAAUCUGUUACGACUGCGGCAGGCGUUGGAAGGUCCAGCGCGGAAGGCAGUUAAAAAUCUGCUACUUCACUCCUCAUGCGUGAACCAAAUUAUGGCUACGCUUCAAAUGAGAUUUGGACGACCAGAAUUGAUCAUCAGUGUUUUGCAACGACAAAUUUACGAAUUGCCUCCUCCAUCAGAGAGUCAUCUGGAAUCUAUAGUCGACUUUGCUGUAGAAGUGCAAAACAUCUGUGCAACAAUGUCAGUAUCUGGCCUGAUUAGUCAUUUGAAUAAUCCCGAAUUUGAACAGCGGUUGGUUUCGAAAUUACCUGGGCUUCUACCGGCAUACUGGGGCAUGCAUAAGCGAACCCUGACAGUAUGCAAUCUACAAAACUUCAGCGAUUGGCUAUUCCAGUUAGCUCAAGGGGCCAACUGCGUUAUCGUCCCGAAGGAAUCGGUAAGAGAGCGUAAACGCGGGACAGUUAAUCAUCAUUUUAAUUCGGUAAGAUGUAUCGUUUGCGAUGAAAACUGUGGUGAAGUCUUUAAUUGUACCUCUUUCAAGGAAAUGCCACGAAGUCAAAGGUGGCAAGUAGUUCGAAAAUCGAAACUAUGUCAUCGAUGUUUGAGAAAACAUGCAACGAAUAAAUGUAUUGCCGUUAAACCUUGCAGCGUUAAUGGAUGCACUCACAAUCAUCAUCCGCUACUCCACAACUUAAACCUUAAUCAAGCAGUAGCUGAAAAAUCAUCAAAAAACGUCAACGUGUUAUCCAGAGCGCAGUCUGCCAAUAUAAAUGCGCAUAUUUCAACCGGGAGUUGCACUCUGUUUCGAAUACUUCCAGUAGUUUUACACUCAGGCCAUUGUAGAGUGUCAACAUACGCUUUCAUAGAUGAUGGUUCGUCUCUUACCCUCAUCGAUGAUGAGCUUUUAAAACGACUGAAAGUAAGAGGCACACCGCAACCACUCUGCCUACGUUGGACUGGUGACACACAUCGUUAUGAGAACGAGUCGGUCGUAGCCGACCUAAGCAUAUCAGCUCCAAAUGGGCAUAAGAAAUUUGCUCUUAAGGGUGUUCGCUCCGUCAAGAAGCUUCAUUUGCCUACGCAAUCGCUUAACGCUUUCAAAUUGCAGUCCGAUUUCAAACACUUGGAAGGGUUGCCAUUGCAAUCCUAUUCGAACGCCAUUCCGCAACUGCUUAUUGGCUUAAAUAACGCGACAUUAGGAUCUCCUAUAAAAUCAUUAUAUGGAGCAGAAAAUGAACCAAUUGCAGAAAAAUCUAAACUUGGAUGGACAUUGAAAGGUCUUACGCCUGACCCAUACGUUGAUACCAUACACCAUGUCUACCAUAUUUGUGAUUGCUCGGCAACAGCCGAACUGCUUGAAAUUACCAAAUCGUACAUUUGCCUCGACAACUUGGGUGUGUCAACCAAACCUGUUGUCAUAAUAUCUACGGAGGACGAGGCUGCUUUGGAGCAAUUACAAAACCAUACUAUUCGUAUUGGAAGUCAUUUUGAGACCAGUUUAUUGUGGAAGCAUCCGGACAUCCAGAUACCCGAUAGCCUUCCAAUGGCCUUAUUUCGGGCCCGAUGUCUACGGACAAAAAUGCAACGCGACCACAAACUGGCUGAAACUCUUAACCAAAAGAUUCACGAUUAUAUGCAGAAGGGGUACAUCAGACGUUUAGGGCCAUCGGACGCUGCCGUAAAAAAAUACUGGUAUUUGCCGAUUUUUGCAGUAACCAACCCCAACAAACCAGGAAAGAUUCGAUUAGUCUGGGACGCAGCUGCUAAGGUAAAUGGCAUAUCUCUAAACAGCAUGCUGCUGAAAGGUCCCGAUCUAACCACCCCUUUGCACAAGGUGCUCUUUAAGUUUCGACAAAAGCGAAUUGCAAUCACUGCCGAUAUUGCUGAAAUGUUUCAUCAAGUUCGUGUCCGAAAAAAAGAUCAGAACUUCCAACGCUUUCUUUGGUAUGAACCAAACGCUAAUGAGCCAACUACGUUUGUCAUGACGGUGAUGACCUUUGGGGCUACAUGUUCACCAAGCUGCGCACAAUAUGUCAAAAAUAAGAAUGGUGAAGAAUUCAAACAGGAGUACCCUAAUGCUUCAAAGUGUAUAAUCGAAAAUCACUACGUCGAUGAUAUGUUGGUGAGUGUGGAUACUGAAGAAGAAGCUAUAAGAUUAGCACAAGAUGUUCGGCAUAUUCAUUCGCUAGGGGGCUUUCAUAUAAGAAAUUUUUUGUCCAACUCUAGUCGAGUACUGACUACCCUAAAUGAGCAUCCAUUAGAUGCGCUAUCUCUCGAUCUUAAUAAUGAGCUGCCUACUGAGAAGGUUUUAGGCAUGUGGUGGAUUACAUCCAGCGACCAUUUCGCCUUUCGUGUAUCCGCUAAGUACAGAAAUUCUGACAUAUUUCUAUGUCAACGGCGACCUACUAAACGUGAGGUCUUGAGCCUGGUGAUGACUAUAUACGACCCUCUUGGGCUAAUUGGAUUCUACGUAACAUAUGCCAAAGUCAUCUUACAAGGGAUAUGGAGAGCUGGAUGCGACUGGGAUGUCCCAAUCCCUGAUGACCAAUUUACCAAGUGGCUAAAAUGGAUUAAAUUUAUUCCAAAAAUUGAGAGUUUGAGAAUCCCACGAUGCUACAUGAGAACCACGAUUGACGGAGUUCCUCAAAUUACAUUACAUACAUUUGUUGAUGCAAGCGAAAGCAGUUAUGCGGCAGUGUGUUAUCUUCGAUACUCAUACGGCGAUACAAUUAACUGUACAAUGGUCGCUAGUAAAACAAGAGUAGCCCCACUUAAGUUAGUAUCUAUACCUCGUUUAGAACUGAAAGCAGCUCUCUUAGGAGCUCGCCUCGCCAAACAUGUAAUUGAAUCGCACUCUAUCCACAUUGAUAAACGCGUUUUUUGGUCAGAUUCACGUACGGUAUUAGCUUGGCUACAAUCCGAUCAUCGCCGUUAUAAACAGUUCGUAGCCUUCCGAGUUAGUGAAAUCCUAGAGUUGACUGACGUCAAGGAAUGGCACUGGGUUCCAACUGGAGAAAAUGUUGCUGAUGAAGCUACCAAAUGGAAUGGUGAUCCUGACUUUUCGAACGACAGUCGGUGGUUUAAGGGGCCACCGUUUUUAUACCUCUCGCAUGAAAAGAGGUUUAUGUCUGAUGAAGCACAAUGUGUUUCAACUGAAGAGCUGCGUCCGCAGUUUACCGGCAUUCAUAACUCAACCUUAGAACAGCUUGAAGUAGUACCAGAACCUUCAAGAUUUUCAACUUGGAACCGUUUACUUCGUGGAACCGCUAUGACUAUGUAUUGCUCUCGGAUUUGGUUAAGUGUUAUUCGAGACAAUCAAUUCAUUGGUGAUGCACCAAAUAGUGAAGAUUUUCGUAAAGCGGAGCGCUGUCUUUGGAGAAAAGUCCAGCAUGACAGCUUCAAAGACUCUAUCAAGUCUUUAGAAUCCGGAAAGGUUAUUGACAAAUCUAGUAAUAUUUUCAAACUAUCACCUUAUCUGGAUGACUACGGAGUUUUACGAAUAAACGGUAGAGUUAAGAUACAUGGGCGGCCAGACCAAGUAUUGUUGCCUUCAGAUCAUCACGUUACGCAUUUAAUUAUAAAUUAUUUUCAUAUAAAGUAUCAUCAUGGCAGCUUGGAAACAGUGAUCAACGAAAUAAGGCAAUUCUACUGGAUUAUAAAACUUCGCACACUGGCCAAUAAAAUUCGACGCAAUUGUCAGUAUUGUAAAAACAAAUCAUCUCAACCUCGACCACCUAUGAUGGCCUGUCUACCUCCAGCCCGGACUUCAGCAUUUAGUCGACCGUUUUCCUACGUAGGCGUUGACUACUUCGGCCCACUCCUGGUUACGGUUAAAAGGAGUACAGAGAAAAGAUACGGAGUGUUGUUCACCUGUUUAACAACUAGAGCAGUUCACAUCGAAAUUGCAUACUCGCUAUCAACCGACUCCUGUAUUUUAGCUAUACGUAAUUUCAUGGCCCGCCGAGGGAGUCCUUUAGAAAUAUGGAGUGACAAUGGUACAAACUUCAAAGGUGCUGAAAGGGAGUUGAAAUCAGCAUUUGAACUGUUAGAUAAAAAUCUUCUAACGAAGACGUUUACCUCUGCUGCAACUAAUUGGCGUUUUAUACCACCCGCUUCGCCCCACAUGGGUGGAGCCUGGGAGCGGUUGGUCCGGUCAGUAAAGCAGAUACUGAAACAAAUUCUGACAACUAACCGUCCAAGUGACGAACUACUUCGUGCAGUCUUAAUGGAGGUCGAAAUGACUAUUAACUCUCGUCCAUUAACUUACAUCCCCAUCGACCACGAAGAGGAGGAAGCACUCACGCCUAACCAUUUCCUGCUAGGUAGCUCAAGUGGUGUUAAGCCAAUCGCAGAACCAGUUACUGAGACCACUUUAAUGCGUCGUAACUGGCGAACAUCACAGCAACUAGCCGAUGCAUUCUGGAGACGCUGGAUUUUGGAGUAUCUACCCACCAUAACCAGGCGAACCAAAUGGUUUUCGGAUGUAAAGCCUAUUCAAAUCGGUGAUAUUGGGUACAUCGUUGACCCCAAUAGUCCAAGAAACUGCUGGCCUAAAGGCAGAGUGAUUCAGGUACGAAAAAGUGAUGAUGGAAAAGUCAGAAGCGCUACUCUGAAGACCUCUUGCGGCAUCUUUGAGAGACCAGCUGCCAAAAUAGCCGUUCUAGAUUUGAUGAGUUUGGUACACCCUGAUCAACAGGAUAUACCGGGGGGGAGUGUUACGAACGAUAUGGCAGCAUCAUUAACGUAA